AUGCUAUCAAAAGAUAAGAUCUUUGGAAUUUUCUUCCUCUCCCAAACUGGCUUUGGGAUUCUGGGGAACUUCCUGAUCCUCAUGGUGAGCUCCUACAUCUCCCUCACCAGACCUUCUCUGAGGAAGCCCACAGAUAAGAUUCUCACACAACUGACUUUUGCUAACCUGGCUACUAUAACUUCUAGGGGAAUCCCAGAAACUAUGUUCUCAUUUGGAAUUGAACAUUUUCUGAAUGAUGUUGGGUGUAAGGCUGUGAUGUACAUUUACAGUGUCGGUCGAGGACUCUCCAUUUGUACAGCCUGUCUCUUGAGUGUAAUCCAAGCCAUUAUCAUUAGUCCCAACAAAUGCAGAUGGUCAUGGCUCAAAUUUAGAGUGACUAAUUUCAUUUAUCCUUCCUUUUCCUUCUUCUGGGCCCUCAAUGUGAUAAUCAAUUAUCAUGUCAUUACAGAGAGUACAGCAACAAACAAUUACACUUCAAGUAAAUAUGGAUUUUCUAUGAAAUAUUGUACUGCACCAGCCAUAAAUGUUAAUUUUGUAAGUUGCAUAUUCAUUCGGGAUAUUGUCUUUUUGUUCUUUAUGUUCUUGGCCAGUGUCUACAAAGUUAUUCUCUUGUGCAAGCACCAGAAGAAAUUACAGGAAAUGCACAAGAGCAAGCAUAUGCAGAAAUUGUCUCCAGAAACAAGAGCCACGCAAACUGUCCUUUGCCUGGUGACAUGUUUUGUUUUCUUUUAUUUGGUCAAUUCUUUCCUUAUUGUCCACAUAGUUUUUUCAAGUCAGAAUGAUAUUAAUCUCCAGGGCAUCAGUGUCCUUUCCUCACUAUGUUACCCAGUUCUGUGUCCUUUCUUGUUGAUCAACAUAGAUAGCAGAAUUUCAAAAGCACUGCGUAUUCUCAGAAAGCUAAGCAAUACUCAGUUCAAAAGCAGUUAA